CAGGCGCAGGGUCCAUUUAACGCUUCUCCUUCAGCUCCUUCCUUCCUCCCCGCGGUCACGCUGUCAUCUGCACCCGGCUCCCGAGCCCUGACAUAAAGCCUGACAAAAUGAAGAUCUGGGCUUCAGAGCACGUUUUCAACCAUCCGUGGGAGACGGUGACCAAGGCGGCAAUGCAGAAAUACCCCAACCCCAUGAACCCCGGUGUGUUUGGUGUGGACGUUCUGCACAGAAGCGUGGACACCGAUGGGCGGUUACACAGCACCAGACUGCUCAGCACAGAGUGGGGGCUUCCCGCCAUGGCCAAGUCUAUCAUCGGGGUAACGAGAACGUGCACUUACGUUGAGGAACAUUCUGUUGUGGACCCCAAAGAGAAGAGCUUUGAGCUUAAAUCCACAAAUAUCUCCUUCACCAACCUCGUUUCUGUGGAUGAGAAGUUGACCUACAAGCCACAUCCACAGGAUCCUGAAAAGACGGUGCUGACACAAGAGGCUCAGAUCAGUGUGAAAGGUAUCAGUCUGAGUAGCUACCUCGAGGGUCUCAUGGCCAAGACCAUUUCUACAAAUGCCGGCAAGGGUCGGGAGGCAAUGGAAUGGGUCAUCAGACGAUUGAACACAGAGAUCGAGGAGUUGGCAGCAACCGCUCGGGGUACUAUCCGUGCGUCGAUGGUGGCAGCAGUCGCAGACAAAUGAUCCGCGCCUCUUCCUCCCCGCUGGUCUCUCCACCAUCAUGAACAAUCACCUAAUCUGCCAAAACAGCCUAAUAACCCCAGCCCCCUCCGUCGGCCCUACGUACGUUUGCUUCUGUGUGUUUGUCCCUCCUCUGCCUUCUGCGCGGGCGACUUCAGUACUCGAGACCGCGGGCAGUGACGAGGAGUUGAACUGAUGACUUUCAAAAAUAACAAACGGGGUUGAAUUGGACUGCAGUUUUUUAAUUCACUUGGUGCCUCCACAUUUCAUCAAUGUCUUGUCAGCCCCCUUCAUCCCUCUCCAAUGUUCUCUUCUAAUCUCUUCCAAAUCUAACAUCUGAAAUGAAGUCACUUGUUUCAAACUCUUUCUGGAUUAAUGAACUUACUUUGUACAACAGGACCGACCAAAUGAUCUCAUGCACACAAAUGCAAACAGGUUGUGUUCUAGUGACGCUCUGCUUCAGCACUUGUUUGAUGUCGGUGCUCCAGGCGUGUUGCACGUCCAUGUGAGAUCACUCAGCGAGCUGAUGAAACACAUGCACUUGCUCACAAUUUUCUGUGAGCUGCAGCCAGAUCGGGAGGACCGUCUGGGCGUACUUCCAUGGCGCUGUAAUACUCCUGCAGCGUUACUAGUUCCAUUACACCUGAGACUCUUUUCUACCAGCAUGGCGGACUAGAUUCUGGCCAUACAAGUCUAUGUCUUUGUUAGCGUUGUUAGUAUCAUCUAUUACACUGAUGUGUCAAAGUGUAAUACUGUCCAUACUGAAUGUUAACUUAUUUUCAGCACGUAUACUGAAAUGCACUUAAAAAGGCGGGACGUCCUUUAAAAGUGAAGAGUUGCAAAAUAAAGUUGUUGUGAACAUUGAGCGGUUUUGCAUUAGGAGCUCUGCAGGGUCACACUCAGGAUCACUGAUUUAAUACCCCAACCAUUUUAUUUAUACUCCUGUAUAAUGGUAUCAUUUUAAAGUAUGUCAUAGUUUGCUAUGCAGACGCCACAGUUCAUUAAGACAGAGGCAACAUCACUGUCCUUGUUUGGCCUUUCCUGCUCUUCCCUCCUUUUGGGGUGUUAAUGAGGACGCUUCUACGCUGACGUUUUUGUUUCAAUGAAAGCUAUUUGUCUGUUAGGUAGAUCCGUGUUUUCACAGUGGGUCAGACUAUUUCACACCUGCUUCCAGUUCAGUUGGGCUUUUUAAAUGUUUGUUAAUAAUAAUCAAGUCCUCCAUCAGGUCCAACUCAGGAUCACAGUAUUUAGUCGGGUCAACUGUCUAAUUACUGACCCAUCAGCCAGCCGGUAACCACAGUGUCUCCUUUCAUGACCCAAGUGUGACGCUUUUCUAUAGUAAACAGUCUUAUAGUAACAGUGGCUGUAAAUAGGCUUAUAUUUAUAUUUUGGCGGUGUUACAUUCCAAGAAUGUGAACAUGUAAAAGGUUCUAAGAGUGCACACUGAAAUGUUUCAAAAUAAAGAGGUGUCAUUCUUUCA